AUGUCAGCCGUCCGCGCCACGGCCCUCAGGGCUGGCGGCGCCUGUGUACGCUGCCGCAAGGGCAAGACAAAGUGCGUCUACGAGAACGGGCGCGCGCCCUGCAAGAACUGCGCAAAGGGCAUGCACGAAUGCUAUCUGCCCUCCGAGUCGAUGAGCCACGGCGGACACGGCGUCUCUCCGGCCAGAACCACCCAGAGAUCACGAGAGGCGCUGCCUACCGAGAGGUCUAACGCCUCCGGCACGCACACCGAACGCAACGCCCAGUCUCACUCGGGGCCCUCGGCCGCGCGCAACACUGCGCCUGCCAACGAGAAGCUCGGUCCAGAGAUGCUGGAGCAGUGCGAGCGUGUCAUCAACAAGGUCAUGCCCGCCUGUGUCGCCUUCCACAAGCCGUCCUUUAUCCAGCAGCUCAGAAACAACGGUGUUGAUAGUGUCAUGGUCAACGCCCUCUUGUGCACUGCCGCAAGACACUCCCCAAUGAUCAUCCAGCGCUAUGGACGUAACUCGGGGUCUCCCCAGGCCGCCGAGCACUUCGGUCUCAAGGCCAGCAACUACAUCUGGCUGUCUCUAGAUCACCCGACUCUUGCCGACAUUCAGGCCCUCUGCCUGAUGGUGAUUCACGAGUGGGGUUCUCGGAGCGCCGUUCGUGCCUACAUCUACCUCGGCCAGGCUGCGCGCAUGGCCCAGAUGUACCGUGUCGUCCAUGUCAGUCGUCACCACAAUGACCCAGACCACUUCCUGCAGGAAGAGUCUUUCCGCCGCACCCUCUGGCUCAUCUAUAUCCUGGACUGCUUCCUUACCAGCAGCCCGGGCCGCUACCCGGCCCUGUCAAAGCUGGACGUCAAGGAUGUGGCUCUUCCCUGUGAGGAUAUGAACUUCAACUUUGGAAACCCCGUCUCUGUCCGCACCCUCGAUGGGAACCCGCCGCCCGGCUGCCCCAGCCUGAGCAUGACCGCCCCUAUCGGCGAGUUUGGCCACAUCGUCCUCGCUACUGAGGCCUGGCGCAUGGUCGUCGAGAUGAUGACCACCACCACGCUCGACACCUUCAGAGAGGAGCAGUGCCAGAUCCUCGAGGCCAAGGUCUCGCAGGUCCGCGCCAACCUUCCACACCACUUUGCCGAGCGUCAGGGCCAGAUGGACCUGCACAUCACCAUGGGCAGCGGCCUGACCUUUGCCAUGAUCCACAUGUUGCUCCACUGUGCCACCAUCUUCAUCAACAGGCGCCGCAUCCUGCAGGUCGUGACCGCUGAGAACUUCAGCAUGGAGGCCUGGCGCAUGUCCGCCCAGAGCCAGAUGCAGACCGUCGAGCGCAUCCUCGAGUCCUCCCACAGCAUCAUCACCAUGCUGAUCGCCCUCCAGCGGUCAACCGAGCCCUCCAUGGUCUGCUGCCUGCCCAUCUUUAUGCUGUUCUCUGGUUUCACCGCCGGCUCUACCGUCGCUUACCUCGCCCUGAAGGGCCUCUCGCCGCCCCACACCCAUGACACCAUCCACACCAUGGUUGACAAGUGUCUCCGCCUCAUGAAGGAGGGCGCCGAUUCCUGGCACCUGGUUGUUCCCUGGCACCGCCAUCUCAGCGUCAUGAGCCGCGUCCUGCAGGACAGCAGCAUUACCGAGGACGGCGAGCAGACCAGCGAGGAUGCCCGCAUGCAGAUCCAGCGGUCGCCUUCGGCCAAGGACGAGCGGAUGAGCCAGGCCGACACCCAGAAUGACUCAAUGGACUACGAGCAGCACGGGGCCCAGCAGGGUGCGCCUCAGCCCGAGGGCCAGCCCCAGUCGGCUUCGCAGCCAUCCGCGGAGGGCGCUCGGCAGGGCACCCCUCAGGCUGUCCCUGCUGCUCCCAUGGACAGUCGCAGCAGUGAGCCCCCUCUGCCUCGCCGGACUGGCGUGACCACGAUCAAUGGCGGCUCAGCUGGUCACUCUACUCCAGCCAACGGUUCACCUCCCGCAGCAGGUCCGCAGGACGUUAAGGCCGAGUCUCCGGCGCCUGCAUCUAACGGGUCCAACGCUGGCGGUGUAUCCGGCUCGGUGCCGCCCAAGGACGGCGGUAACUCGGUGGACAUGACACCGACCGAGCUGUGCGCGGCCUUUGAGCGUCAGCUGCUCGAGCUUGAUGACCUGGCCGCUUUCAUGGGAGGUGGCGUGUGA